AUGGCCGCCAAGGCCAACCGGCCCGUGUCGGGCUGGGGGCAGGCGCUGCCGCAGCACGGGCAGGAGCGGGGGGCUGCCGUUGGCGGCCCCAAGAGGGCGGUAGCGGGCAAAGGAGCGGUGUCUGCCGCGGUGAAGCCGAUCUUCAGCCGGGACCUGGGCGAGGCGAAGCGGCGCGUGAGGGAGCUGUACCGGGCCUGGUACCGGGAGGUGCCCAACGCGGUACACCUAUACCAGCUGGACAUCACAGUGAAACAGGGGCGCAACAAGGUGCGGGAGAUGUUCAUGAAGAACGCCCACGUUACAGAUCCACGGGUGAUAGACAUGCUGGUUAUUAAGGGAAAAAUGGAUCUUCAAGAAACCAUUCAGGUAUGGAAGCAGAGGACACACAUCAUGAGGUAUUUCCAUGAGACGGAGACCCCACGACCUAAAGACUUUCUGUCCAAAUUCUAUGCGGGCCACGAUCCCUGAGAGAUUGACUCUGUGUCUUUCUGCCUUAUAUUACAAAUAAAGUUCUAUAUAGUAGAAAAAA